CAGGGCUUCAAAAACUUUUUGAAUUCCAUAAAGCCCGUGAUAUGAUCCGGGAAUUGGAUGCUCUGUACAAGGAAACCGCAAAGUCUGAACGAUAUGAUAUCAUGAAGGCUUUGAUGGAUUGCAAGAUGGCUGAGGGUAGUUCAGUUGGCGAACACGUGGUCAAAAUGAUUGGCUAUUCUGAAAGGCUUAAAGCCCUAGAAUUUCCACUUCCACCUGGCCAUAUGAUGGACAUGUUGCUUUCUUCACUCCCCCCGUCUUACGACGGUUUUGUCAUGAACUACAACAUGACAGGGAUGGAGAAGACGCCGGAAGAAGUGCUCGCCAUGCUGAAAACUACAGAAGGAGGACUGCGGAAACAUCGCAAGCAAGUGUUGCUUGUGAAUAAAACCGCCAGUUUCAAAAAGAAGAAAGGCAAGCCAAAGAAGGGCAAGGGCACCGGUAAGACCGGCUCCCAAAGCAACUCUAAGGGCGGAGCCAAGAAUGAAACUGAGUGCUUCUACUGCAAGGGCACAGGACACUGGAAGAGAAACUGCAAGAAGUAUCUGGAAGAUAAGAAGACCGGGAAAACCGGAAAAGGGACUUCAGAAGGUGCGCAAGCUAGCAAAGAAUGAAGUCGUGAUGCGCGUCGGGAACGGCG